AGCCAGGGCAGCAAGGACGGCACCAAGGGAGCUGCCCCAUGGACAGGGCCCCACAGAGACACCACCGAGCCUCAAGGGAGCUGCUGGCUACAAAGAAGACCCACACUUCUCAAAUUGAAGUGAUCCCUUGCAAAAUCUGUGGGGACAAGUCUUCUGGAAUCCACUACGGGGUUAUCACCUGUGAGGGGUGCAAGGGCUUCUUCCGUCGGAGCCAGCAGUGUAAUGUGGCCUACUCCUGCACCCGUCAGCAGAAUUGCCCCAUCGACCGCACCAGCCGUAACCGAUGCCAGCACUGCCGUCUGCAGAAGUGCCUAGCACUGGGCAUGUCCCGAGAUGCUGUCAAGUUUGGCCGCAUGUCCAAGAAGCAGAGAGACAGCCUGCAUGCAGAAGUGCAGAAACAACUCCAGCAGCAGCAGCAGCAGCAGCAGCAGCAACAGGAACAAGUAGCCAAGACUCCUCCAGUAGGGGGCCAUGGAGCAGAUAUCCUCACCUAUACCUUGGGGCUCCCAGAUGGCCAGCUGCCCCUCGGUGCCUCACCUGACCUGCCUGAAGCCUCUGCCUGUCCUCCUGGUCUCCUGAGAGCCUCAGGCUCUGGGCUGCCAUAUUCUAACAACUUGGCCAAGACAGAGCCCAAAGGGGCCUCCUGCCACCUUGAGUACAGCCCUCAGAGGGCCAAGGCUGAGACUAGAGAGAGCAUCUCUAGCAGAAACAGCCAGAUUACUCCUGGAAAAUGUGGACUUCCUUUGGAGGGGCCCAGGCACUCUGGGUUUGGGGAUCCAGGACAGGGUCCAGACAGCUACUGCAGCCCCAAUAUCUGCAGUACCCCAGAGGCACCGUAUGCCUCUCUGACAGAGAUAGAACAUCUAGUACAGAAUGUCUGCAAGUCCUACCGAGAGACAUGUCAGUUGCGGCUGGAAGACCUACUACGGCAGCGUAAUAACCUCUUCUCCCGGGAGGAGGUGACCAGCUAUCAGAGAAAGUCUAUAUGGGAGAUGUGGGAGCGCUGUGCCCACCGCCUCACUGAAGCCAUUCAGUAUGUGGUCGAGUUUGCCAAGCGGCUCGCAGGCUUCAUGGAGCUCUGCCAGAAUGACCAGAUCGUACUACUGAAAACAGGAGCAAUGGAGGUUGUGCUGGUCAGGAUGUGCCGGGCCUACAAUGCUGAUAAUCAUACAGUCUUUUUUGAAGGGAAAUACGGUGGCAUGGAGCUGUUUCGAGCCUUGGGCUGCAAUGAGCUCAUCAGCUCCAUCUUCGACUUCUCCCACUCCCUCAGUGCCUUGCGCUUUUCCGAGGAUGAGAUUGCCCUCUACACUGCCCUUGUUCUCAUCAAUGCCAACAGACCAGGGCUCCAAGAGAAAAGGAAAGUGGAGCAGCUGCAGUACAAUCUGGAGCUAGCCUUCCAUCAUCAUCUCUGCAAGACCCAUCGCCAAGGCAUUCUGGCAAAGCUGCCACCCAAAGGGAAGCUCCGGAGCCUGUGCAGUCAGCAUGUAGAAAAACUACAGAUCUUCCAACAUCUCCACCCCAUUGUGGUCCAAGCUGCUUUCCCUCCGCUCUACAAGGAACUCUUCAGCACUGAACUCGAGUCUCCUGAGGGGCUAUCCAAGUGACCUGGAGAAGGGACACCUUUCCUCUCCUUUCAGCCUGCUGGCCCACCUCCCUGGACCCUGUUCCACCAUCAGUCUUUUCCUUCCUAUGCCUCCUGGAGGGUGGUCCUGCCUAUGUCCUUGGGGUGAACAAAUGCUAAGACUGG